ACAGGAAAUACUGCAAGCAAAGACAAAGAAACAGUUGAAACUUUGUUCAAAAUCAACACAAGCGCAAACUUUAAUGUACAAAGUUUGUCGGAUUUGGGUCAGUACGGAGAAGUUAUCAUAGAACUCAAGAAUGGAAAUGAUAUACUAAACAUAACAAAUUGGAAGCACAUUGAAGAACUCAACAAUUACAUUCGCAACACGACAGUCGAAGAUUCUUCUGGAAACAUUUACUUCUAUUCAGAUGUGUGUGCACGAUCAAGUAAUCAAUGUGUUGUUGACGGUAGCUUCUUGCUAGAUUCUAAAUUUACGUCAGAUAUGAAAACAGGCAAUAUCACAUAUCCCCCUUAUAACAUAACGUUAGGACAAACAGUUCUUUUAGAUCGAUUUAUUGGAAACGUAGUACUUGUAAAUGGUUUAAUCAAACAUGCAACUGCCCUUAAGUUACGAUUUAAUCUUAUAUCUGAAUCAUUUGAUUUAUCCAGAAAAUGGGAGAAAAAAUUUGUUAAAAGAAUGGCAUCAUUUCAAAAUACUGAUAUAAUGGUCAAAUAUUCCCAUUCUGGUAGUCUGAGUGCUGAAUUAAGCAAAAAUGUAACUGGUGACAUUUCCGUGUUUUCAGUUACAUUUACGCUUAUGAUCGUAUUUGCGUGUCUAGCUUUGAUGGGAACGAACUGCGUUGAUAAUCGAUAUUACCUUGGUUUAGCUGGUGUUUUGUCUACAUGCCUGGCGAUUCUGGCAUCAUUUGGUCUUGUUAGUGUUUGUGGUGUUUCGUUUGUAGACAUUGUUGGGAUAAUGCCGUUUUUGAUAUUAGGUAUAGGUGUGGACAAUAUGUUUAUUCUUUUAUCUGGCUUGGCUGAUACAAAGAGUGACGAUUCCGUCGAAGCACGUAUUGGUAAGACAAUAAGGACAAGUGGAAUUGCUAUCACCAUAACAUCAUUAACAGACAUCGUAGCGUUCUGUGCAGGUGCAGCAUCAGUCUUUCCUAGUGUCCGCAAUUUUUCUUGGUAUACAGGUUGUGCUGUUUUGUUUUGUUAUUUCAAUUACCUGACAUUCUACACCGGAAUCAUGACUAUCAAUGAAGUUCGAGUUUCAAAACAGCGCCAUUGGUUCACUUGUUGCAAAACAAAACCUCAUCAAUCACUCAAAGAGGAAGGAAAAUCGAAAACAGUUGUCUUAUUUUGUGGAGGUGCGCCACGUCAGAAGAGAGAAGAAGUUGAAGGACCUAUUGAAAAAUAUCCAAAAAUUCUAUUAAAAAAAGCUGUAAAGAGUAAACCAACAAGGAUUAUUAUCAUACUACUAUUUUUAGGCUAUUUAGGUGUUUCGGCAUGGGGUGCAUGGAAUUUUCGUGAGGAUCUUGAUCUCAGAAACUUAGUCUCUAGUGACUCUUAUCAUUAUAAAUUUUAUGACACAAACUUAAAAUUUUUCAGUCAAAGCUUCUUUGUGUCGUUCUAUGUAAAAUCUGAAAUCGAAUAUAGAUUUUCAUUAAAUGAUUUAAACACUUUAUUAAGAAAAGCUAAAGAAGAUAAAGAUAUUCAUAAUACUUUUGAGCUCUCUUGGUUAGAUUCAUAUACAAAAUCCCCAGCAUUUUUAAAUGCAUCGCAAUCGAAUUUUAUUUUGGGAUUGAAGACUUUUCUAAACACUCAUGGCAACAUAUUUGUUAACGAUGUCAUUAUUAGAAACAAUUCAAUUGUUGCAUCACGGUUCCAUGUUCUCAGCAAAAGCCUUACAACAUCAAGCGAUCAAGCUUCUCUAAUGGUACGUGUCAGAGAAAUUGCAAAGUCAUCUACUUUGCCAGUAUUUGUCUUUUCACCCAGUUUUGUUUUCUUCGAGCAAUAUGUACAAAUUGUUCCACAAACAAUUCAGACUUUGGCAAUAGCUGUUUCUGUUGUGUUUUUAGUCACCGCUAUAUUUAUGCCUUUGCCUGUCCUUAUACUUUUGGUAACGGUUUCUGUUUCGAUGAUCAUGGUAGGUGUUAUUGGCUUAAUGCAAAUUUGGGGCCUCACUUUAAGUUCUGUGACGAUGAUCCAUAUUGUCAUGUGUGUAGGAUUUUCUGUUGAUUUUAGUGCUCAUAUUUGUCAUGCGUAUGCGCAUGUUCCAGGGAAUAAUAGAGAUGCUAGAGUAAGUACAGCAUUAGAUUUGGCGGGAGGUCCUAUAUUAAAUGGAGCACUUUCUUCUGUUAUUGGUAUAGUUGUGCUGGCUUUUUCAAAAUCAUACAUUUUCUUUUCCUUUUUUAAAGUAAUGUUUAUUGUUGUGGUUGUAGGUGCUAUGCAUGCCAUUUUUCUUCUUCCAGUAUUGCUCUCUUGGAUAGGCCCUAUUUACGGAACACCAGACACAGAACCAGUAAACGACAAAAUGAAAUAUUCAGAGAAAGACGAAAAAAACCAAAACGAACUUAUGAAUUAUAAACCGAAUACCAUACCACGGAUAUCAACAGCAAGUCUACGAAGUUUAACUAAUGCUUCUUAACGAUUGUUAUACUUAUUCCAAGAACAACUACGUUUGUGGUGCCAUUCAAUGCUUAUAUAUUUUGUUGUGCUUACAAAAA